AUGGCGACUUCUGUCGAGCCUCUCUGCGCGCAUCUCCUCAAACUCAACGGCGAUCCGUUGCCGUCGCUCACCUUUAAGCCUUUCGACCUUGCAUCAAGCAACCAGCGUGUGCUGGGAGUUCCUCAUCCCACGGACACCGUUACCCCGCUAGCAUUACGUCCUUCUAUCGCUGGCCGUGAUGACAAUACCGAUGGGGUUGACCUCGGCACAGCAGUCGAGGCUGUGAAAUAUCUGCAGGCACAAGAAGGGGGGGUUCUCACCAAACUACUUGCUCGUCAUGGAACGCUGCUCUUCCGGGGUCUGCCAAUCCAUAACGCCGAGGACUUCAGCGAAUUAGCCACGCAUUUGGCUCCAGCUAACGAGUCGCCAAAGGAGGUGCUCAUUUAUAGUCACAGCGAGUCGCCGCAGGUACCGCAUGCGCCGGAGUACAUCUUCUUCUAUGGCCAUCGGGUACCUGUAAAGGGUGGCGAGACGCCCAUCUCGUCGUCACUCGAGCUGUUCUAUCGUGCCCAGCGGCUCAACGCUCCGUCAGGCGUUUGGAAGGAGAUCCAGGACGGUGACGACGAACCGACAAGGAGGAGGAAAAUUGAAGCCCAGAUUUCCCGUUACGGGAGACAUACGUAUACGACUUGGGAAUGGACGGACGACGGCAAGACUCUCGUCCUGACGCACCGGCUUCCGGCCAUCCACACACAACCCAACACGAAUCUUCACACCCUCUUCACCAGACUGGCAGGGUACUUUAAGUACAGCCAGGGCGGCAGGAAGAACGUCACGCAGCAGCUCUAUGGAGAUGGCACGCCUAUCCCGGAAAUAUUUCUUGAGCGUCUGGCCAAGAUCACAGAUGAGAUCCGUAUCCCCCACAAAUGGCGAAGGGGCGAUGUGCUCGUCUACGAUAACAUCAUUGCGCAGCAUGGGAGACAGCCAUGGGAAGCCGAACAGGCAGACCGUGUUGUCCCUGGCAAGCCUUUUUGA